UAAAUGUCUAGCAAGCACGUGUUGUCACCGACAGUUGACCAGCUCCAGCUCUGUUCGUAGGUGUUAGCAUGACGUUAGCAGCACUCGGCUAACGCUAGCCACCGACUGCUAACAGGAGAUAAUCUACCCCGAAACAACUUUAAAUCCUGAUGACUGUAGUCAUGUGUCACGAUGGCGACAGACAUUGUUGCACAGUUGGCCGACUCUCUUGCCAAGACUGGAGUAGCAGAAGGAGAGCUGAGCUACAAAGGCCAGGGAAAAAAGCUGGAUAAUGCCCAAUCAGUGCAGGAGAUGGUGAAGGAGAUCCAGAACUUCGAGGGUUUGCAGGCCCUCAGGUUGGAGGGAAACACCGUGGGUGUGGAGGCAGCGCAAGCCAUUGCCAAGGCCCUGGAGACAAAGAGGGAGUUCAAGUGCUGUUAUUGGAGUGACAUGUUCACUGGUCGCCUGCGCUGUGAGAUCCCACCUGCCCUGAAUUCACUGGGUGAUGCUCUGAUGCUGGCGGGUGCCAGGUUGACUGUUUUAGACCUCAGUGAUAACGCCUUUGGACCUGAUGGGGUGAAGGGUAUCGAGAAGUUGCUCAAGAGCACUGCCUGCUACACAUUGCAGGAGCUGCGGCUCAACAACUGUGGCAUGGGCAUCGGUGGGGGAAAGAUCUUGGCUGCUUCAUUGAGCCAGUGCCACAAAAAAUCCAGCGCAGACGGCGUCCCCCUGAGCCUGAAGGUGUUUGUUGCAGGGAGGAACCGUCUGGAGAACGAUGGAGCCACUGCUCUCGCUCAUGCCUUUCAGUUGAUGGGUAGCCUGGAGGAGGUCCACAUGCCCCAGAAUGGCAUCAAUCACCCUGGUGUGACAGCCCUGGCUACAGCCAUGCAGCACAACACGGGCCUCCGCAUCCUCAACCUCAAUGACAACACCUUCACCGAGAAGGGAGCUAUCGCCAUGGCUCAGGCCCUGAAACACCUGCACAGCAUCCAGGUGAUAAACUUUGGAGACUGUCUGGUGCGGCCAGCAGGAGCCAUUGCUAUUGCAGAAAGUUUAACAGAGGGACUGCCCAUUCUCAAGGAACUCAAUCUGUCCUUUGGCGAGAUUACAGCAGAAGCUGCUCUGGCAGUGGCACAAGCAGUAAAGGGCAAAGACCAGCUGGAGAAGCUGGACCUAAAUGGUAACUGUCUAGGAGAGGAUGGCUGCAAAGCUCUGAAAGACUCCAUGGACAGCAUGAAGAUGGGUGACCUUCUAGGAUCACUCAGUGACGAUGAGGGUGAGCCAGAAGAUGAUGAUGACGAUGAAGAUGAGGAAGAGGAGGAUGAUGAAGUGGAUGAGGAGGAAUUGGAGGAGGAAGAGGAAGAAGAGGAGGAAGAGGAAAGCACUGGAAUAAAGUUGUCCACCCCUGCAUCAGCACCCCGUCCGCCAGACGUCUCCUCCUUCCUCAGCUUUCCGUCCCCAGACAAACUGCUCAAACUUGGGGCCAAAAGAGCAUUGCUUAUCGAGCAGCAGGUGGAUGUGUCAGAUGCUGCAAAAACAGCUGAAGCAUUCCUCAAGAUCGCAUCUGUGUAUAAGGAGGAGAACAAUGAUGUAAAGAACGCAGUGUUGGACAGCAUUGACACCCUUCUGAAGAAAGCUUUUGCCACUCCUUCCUUCCAAGGCUACAACUUUGUAUCAUCUUUGUUAGUGCUGCUUGGACUUAUCAAGAGUGAAGACAAGGUGAAGCCUGUGCUCGUGGUUCCCGGCCACCUCCAUACCUUGGAGCACGUUGUUCGACAGGACUACUUCCCCAAAGAGAACGUGGCUGUGCUGGAGGCCUUCAUGUCCCGAGCGGCGGAUGGCCCGACGAUUUCACCCACCACCAAGUUACCCGCGGGUGGCGGCGCUCCUGUCAUUCCCUGUGUGACACUAAAGUUUCUGUCUUGUCGGCUUCUGUCAAGUGUAAGGCCAUUGUACAACAACAAGUCAAGGUACAGAAACAACAAGGCCCUGGAGUCAUGUGGCAAUGCCAGAAACAACCUUCAGUCCACACUGCAGGGAGUCAGGUCUGAGAGUUGAGGACUGCUGAUACACACACAGACUGAACUUUGACUGAUCACUGAUGGACCUUUUGGAAACCAGCACACAUGAGCCCAAAUUUGAAAUGAAGCAGAGCAGCACUUGAGAAUACUCCACUCAUUGUGGUGUCGCUGCUGUCCUUCACAAGUUUAGCAAUACCCCUCUAUCUGGACUCGAAUGCUUUAUGUUUUGAAGUAGACUAUGCUUUUAUGGUGUGGACUAGCUGAAGUACUUCAUGUACACUCAUACAACCACAGGACAGCACUGACAUCUUGGUCUUCACGUUCUUUGUAUUCUGGUGAAGAAGAAAAGGCCUUAUUCCCCACAUGACCCAAUAUCUGUGUGUUUCCUCCCUUUUAUGGACACCUGACUGACUCAGCACGGAUCACACGUUGGUGAAAACUAGAAAAGCUCUGACCAGAAUUGAUCUGGACUUGAAGCAUCAGCUAUUGUACAUUUUCUAUUUGAUAUCUAACUUUUUAAUAUUCUGUUGUUUUUAUAUUAAAUGUUUAUUAAAUUCAAUAAUAUGGUUAAACAAUGAUGUUAUUCAAAUAUGUACUGAUUGAAAAAAUAUUAUCCAAUUGUAAAGUACAAUAGAGAACAAUCAAAAGGGAUGAAAUAAGUAAAUCUGCCUUUAAUGAGGUGCAAGGGGCAGAGUUUUUGGAUUUGUUACAAAAAUAAAGCUGAAUUGAGUGUU